AUCUAAUUGUUAAUAAUUAAAGCUGGAGUUAAAAAUUAACAUAGAGAGUUUGAGUUGAAAGUAGUCAGUCGAGUAAUAAGCAAGUUGCUUGAAACAUAUAUUAUUAAAAAUGCCAAGUGGUGUUGUUUUUUUGGUAUGUAUACCAACUCUAUCACACGAGCAUCAAUUGAUAUUUGGUUCACCAGUUAAAACAUCAAAAAAAAAUGAUAAGCCAUCAAAAUUACGUGGUACCAAAGUUGAUUUACGUCUCAAAGAAACAAAAAAUCGUAAUCAACAUUUAAUAACUAUUGGUGAUAAUAGUGAAGAUGACGAAGAUGAUGAUUAUGCUGAUGCUGAUAAUGAACCAGAUGAUAUUGAAGUAGAUGCUGAAACAUUUGAAGCUAAAAGACGACGAAGAAUUGCUUCUUCCUCUGUUGGAAAACGAACAACCAAUAAAUCACCAGUAUUUGUUCCAAUGGAAACGGUUCUUGAUGAAUUAUUAAAAAAAUUACAAGUCGAACAUGUUGUUUGGAAUAAAGACAAAGCAAAUAUGUACUACGAAGUAAUAUUUCCAGUUCCAGCUGGUGAUCCAUGUGAAAAUUGUCUUCAUUGUUUAACUGAAAUGGGAAUUGGUACACGAAUGAAUUCAGUUGUCAGUGUUAUACCAACACAAUGUACCUACAGUUCAAUGCAAAAUAAAGUACCAUUAUCAAUAAAAGCACAAAAUUUACAACGUAAAAAAGAUGCUGAAGUUAGAAAUAAUGCUUGGGAAGCAUUUGUUGAUUCAAUACGUUCAAAAUUAACAGUCAAACAAGUUGUUGAUGGUGUUAGAAGUGGUGGUGAUUUAACAUUUGAUUAUAUAAUGCUUGUUUUGACAGCCGAUUGUCUAGCAGGUUUGGGUCUCAUUGAAAAUAGUGCGACUAAUGUCGUCGCAGCAAUGCUCGUGUCACCUUUGAUGGGUCCAGUUAUGUCAUUGACAUUUGGUAUGAUUAUUGCUGACAGAGAAUUGAUUGGUAUUGGUUUUAAAAGUCUUUCAAUUGGCAUAAUAAUAUCAAUAAUAUUUGGUUUUUUAUUUGGCUUAAUAAUUGGAUCAACUGAAAUGCCAUGGGGAUGGAAUGAUUGGCCAACAGAUGAAAUGAAAGGACGUGGUAAUUAUAGAUCAUUAUGGAUGGGUGUAUUAUGGGCAUUACCAUCUGGUGUUGGUGUUGCUGUUGCAUUACUUCAAGGUAGUAAUGGUCCAUUAAUUGGUGUUGCAAUAUCAGCAUCAUUAUUACCACCAGUUGUUAAUUGUGGAUUAUUUUGGGCACUUGCAUGUAUAUGGAUUGUUAGAAAAAAAAUUAAAAUGCCACAUAUUAAAGGUGAAUCAUUUAAUGAUUUAAAUACAUCAUAUGUUUAUGUUUAUUCGAAAUCAUUGCCAAUUGAAUUUGUUUGUAAUGGUGCAAUUAGUGCCUGUUUAACUUUUGUUAAUGUCAUUUGUAUUUUCAUAUCAGCGAUAAUUGUUUUGAAGAUUAAAGAAGUUGCAGCACCAUAUACAUCAACACCAGAAUUAAGAAGAUUUUGGCAGCAUGAUAUUCGUAUGGUAAGAGAUAAAAAUACAUCAACAAGAGAUAAUAGCUCUGUUAAUUCAAGUUUUUAUGAUGACAUGAGUAAAACACGACAAAGAGCACUUGGUAGAAAACUCAAUGAAGCUGUUAGAGAAGCUAUUAAUGAUGAAACAUUUAGAGAAGUUAAAAGAUUAAGUUAUGGACAACAUGGACCAGAUGAUAUAUCACCAAGACUUGGACUUGGUCCUAGUGAUCUAGUUGUUGCAGAUAAUAAUUCAAGAAUUAAUGAGGCAUCAGGACUAGCAACAACUAGUGAUGGAAUUUCAUCAAUAGUACCAAGACAAAAUAAUGAUAAUAAUAAUAAUAUACCAAGUGUAGAAAAUACUAGUGAAGAUUUAGCAGCUCUUGAUCGACUUAUAACAUAUUUACUUGGUCAACCAAAUAGUAAUUUGGACAAUUGGCAUCGUUCUAGACGUGCAAGUAUCAGAGGAUACCGUCAAUUACGACCAAAUGUCAUAGAUACUACUGGCACUGGUGGUUCAAGCUCAAAUAAUAUUAAUAUUGGCACAACACCAUUGUAG